AUGGCGCUCUCAAAGUCCAACAAGUCCUCCUCCAUCUUCAACAAGAAACGCUCUUCCAACGCAACCGGUGCCCUCCCCGCUUCCGCAGCCUCCUACCUCUCCGCCCUCUCCGAGGCAGACGCCUCUGCCCGCAAACGCAACGUCUCGCCCACAUCCACCCCCGCACUGUCCCUCUCCUCCUCCAUCACCUCCUCCUCCGAAGACACCAUCCUCCACGAACCCGAAUACCUCCGCGACCCCCUCCUCGCAUCAAACAAAGACGGGCUGCUCCUCCCCGCCCGCCCCCCCACCUCGGAGCAGGUCUUCAACACCGUCCAUACAGAAUUCGGCCACUGUGCUGAUGAGCGUUACCGCACGACAAGCCAGCACAAGCUCGGCACGCCCCUUGCGCCGCAUGUUGAACAGGACCCGCCGUAUUACAUUCUGCUCUCGACGUAUAUCAGCUACCUCAUCCUCAUUGUGCUGGGUCACGUCAGGGACUUUAUUGGCAAGCGGUUGAACCCUAAACGGUAUAAGCAUUUGAUGCCUGGUGGUGGCUACGCACCCCUCAACUCCGACUUUGACUCGUUCUACACCCGCCGGCUCAAAACGCGCAUGGACGAGUGCUUCUCGCAGCCCGUGACAGGCGUCGCAGGCCGCACCAUCCUCCUCCUCGACCGCUACUCGCCAGACUACAACCACACGCAGAUCCUCACCGGCACACGCACGCGCGCACUCAACAUCUCAUCGUACAACUACCUCGGCUUCGCCCAAGCGCGCGGGCCCUGUGCCGAUGCGGUGGAAGAGUCCAUCAAGCGCUAUGGCAUCUCGUCGCUUGGCGCGCGGUUGGAUGCGGGUACGACGGAUUUGCAUGUGGUUAGUGAGGCGCUUGUGGCGAAGUUUGUGGGUAUGGAGGAUGCGCUGAUCAGCUCGAUGGGGUUCGCGACGAACUCGACGUAUAUACCGGCGCUGGUGGGCAAGGGGUGUUUGGUUAUAUCGGAUGAGUUUAAUCAUGCGUCGAUUAGGUUUGGAGUGAGGAUUAGUGGUGCGCAUGUGCGGAUGUUUAGGCAUAAUGAUAUGAGGGCGCUCGAGGCGCUGUUGAAGGAGGUUAUUAGUCAGGGACAGCCCAAGACGCAUCGCCCGUGGAAGAAGAUUUUGGUUAUUGUUGAGGGGCUUUAUAGUAUGGAGGGAACGUUGGUGAAUUUACCGGCUAUUAUGGAGUUGAAGAAGAAGUACAAGUUCUACCUAUACGUCGACGAAGCCCAUUCAAUCGGAGCACUCGGACCACACGGACGCGGCGUCGCAGACUACUUUGGCGUCAACCCGCGGGAAAUCGAUCUUCUCAUGGGCACAUUCACGAAAUCGUUCGGGGCGGCGGGAGGGUAUAUUGCGGGGAGUAAGGCGUUGAUUGAUGUGUUGAGGGUGCAUGGGCAUUCGGGGGCGUAUGCGGAGGCGAUGGCGCCGCCUGUGUUGACGCAGGUUGUUUCGAGUAUGGCGAGUAUUAUGGGGUUGCAGGUCGCUGCUGGUGAUACGACGACGACGGGGAAUGGGAAUGGGAUUGUGGAAGAACAGGUGUAUCAUCAUCCCGGACCUGCACCGAUUAAUUCGAUCCCGAGCUGGGUGCAUCUCCCACCUGCACUAGCUUCCGGCCAAGAAGGAUCAUCCCGGCUGCGUCGUCUCGCAUUCAACGCUCGAUACCUCCACAACGGGCUAAUCAAACUGGGCUUCAUAACAUACGGCCACCCCUCCUCACCCAUCGUGCCUCUCCUCUUAUUCAACCCAGGAAAGAUGAAUAUGUUUCAUCGACUGAUGAAGGAGAGGAAGACGCCGAUUGUGGUGGUUGUGGUGGCGUACCCUGCUACGCCGCUUGUGACGAGUCGGGUGAGGUUUUGUGUGAGUGCGGCGCAUACGAAGGAGGAUGUGGAUUGUGUGCUCAAGGCGUGUGUGGAGGUGGGGGAUGUGUUGGAUUUGAGGCAUGGGAUUCCGGUUAGGGAGAGGUGGAGUUUGGAGGAGGUGGUUGAGAGGGCGGUUGAGUUGGGGACUAUGGAGUAG